AUGUUGGAAGCUUCUCUUGCCUUCCCGGCUGUAUGCCUGAUGCUCUCAUUCGUCUUCGUUGUUGCUGUCUACAAUGCUUCUAUUCUGCAGCAGCUCGGCGCCUUCCAUCAUCACAUUCUGCUCCCCGUGUACCAACAGAUUCAGCGUCUUCUAACCAACCAUACUCCCAUCAACCGAAACCUACCAAACGGCAUGCCCGAGGCAAGUUACGAACCAAUCAAUAUUGUUGACACAAAUGAUGAAGAAGAACAACAUCCACCACCACUCGCGACUUCUUCCAUGCCAGCACCUGGCUACCGUCGAUACAGUGAAUCCUCUGCUCAUGACAUAGUUGAUCAGUCCCCAGAAAGGAAUAGCGCAACUGGAAUCGACGAUCUCAACAUGGCCGACAGAGAUGCAGGAGGCCCGUACCGUCGGCGAUAUCGGCCCACCUAUGGAGAUAGCCCCGAAUUCUUCUCCUACAGUCCACCACCGAGUCCUCCUGGAACUGGAGAGUCCUCCGAUGAGUAUGACUCCGAUUGGUCUAGCUCCGCCGACGACGAGACGGUCAUUGAACCAUGCAACCCAUUCGAUGAUAUCCCUACCUGGGAAUUUGAAGUCGAACGUCCUAUUUACGUUAUUGAUCAACGCAACCAAAGGGGACCGUCUGCUUGGGUAGAUGAGGUUGUUGAGUGGACUGCGCAAGGUGUUUUUGCUCUUGUUGUCCCCGAGACGGCUCAACAACGGGGGUGA